AUUACACAUUCCUCCGCGCCGGAAGAGUGCGCCCCUCCUGAGCCCUGACUGCUUUCUCCCCGCCAGUAUCUUUCCUGAAGUGAGCUCGCGCGACCUCAGGGGUGUGCCGCUGAAAGUCGUCGGACAGCGCGGAACUUCCGCAGACAAGGAACUACACCGGAUUGCCGGCAAAGGGAGGAAGAAGAAGGGCGAAACGACGAGGCAUCGCGUUGCUGCGGAGGGAUUCUGUUUCUGUGGUGGCGGAGGGAUUUGACAGUACAUUAACUUCCGGAAAAGUCCUGACCCAGAGAGGAAAAACCCCGAAGGAAACAAUAACAAACGAGAAGAGGAAGCGACUGUGGGGUUCCUGUGUUGAGCGGUUCUUGCCCGAGAAGAUGAGCUUCGGCCCCUGUCAGGAGACGUGAGAGAGUUCGGUGGGCUUCAGUGAGCCUUUCUCCACCUGUUCCCCCACGGGGACCCCCCCCACCCCCGGUAUUGCCAUGGCAGGCGUGGGGCCGGGGGGCUACGCGGCGGAGUUCGUGCCCCCACCGGAGUGCCCAGUCUUUGAGCCCAGCUGGGAGGAGUUCACAGACCCGCUCAGCUUUAUCGGCCGCAUCCGGCCUCUGGCCGAGAAAACCGGCAUCUGCAAAAUCCGACCGCCCAAGGAUUGGCAACCUCCAUUUGCAUGUGAAGUAAAAAGCUUUCGUUUCACUCCCAGAGUCCAGCGCCUGAAUGAACUUGAGGCAAUGACCAGAGUGAGACUGGACUUCUUGGAUCAGUUAGCAAAAUUUUGGGAGCUCCAAGGAUCUACCUUGAAGAUUCCAGUGGUGGAGAGAAAAAUCCUGGAUCUGUACGCUUUGAGCAAGAUUGUUGCCAGCAAAGGAGGUUUUGAAAUGGUCACCAAGGAGAAGAAAUGGUCUAAAGUGGGUAGUCGCUUGGGAUAUCUGCCAGGAAAAGGAACUGGGUCUCUUUUGAAGUCACACUAUGAAAGAAUUCUCUACCCAUAUGAGCUUUUCCAAUCUGGUGUCAGCCUUAUGGGUGUACAAAUGCCUAAUUUAGAUCUAAAGGAAAAAGUAGAGCCUGAGGUUCUUGGCACUGAUGUCCAAACUUCCCCAGAGCCAGGCACAAGAGUGAACAUUCUGCCGAAAAGAACAAGACGUGUCAAGUCUCAGUCAGAAUCUGGAGAGGUGAAUAGAAACACGGAACUGAAGAAACUUCGAAUUUUUGGGGCUGGCCCUAAGGUUGUGGGCCUAGCGAUGGGAGCAAAAGAUAAAGAAGAUGAGGUCUCCCGAAGACGAAAAGUUACCAACAGGUCAGACGCAUUUAACAUGCAAAUGAGACAACGGAAAGGAACUCUCUCUGUUAACUUUGUUGAUCUCUAUGUUUGUAUGUUUUGUGGUCGGGGAAAUAAUGAAGAUAAAUUGCUUUUGUGUGAUGGAUGUGAUGACAGCUAUCAUACAUUUUGUUUAAUUCCCCCACUACCUGAUGUGCCCAAAGGAGACUGGAGGUGUCCUAAAUGUGUUGCUGAGGAAUGCAAUAAACCUCGAGAGGCCUUUGGAUUUGAACAAGCUGUACGAGAGUAUACACUUCAGAGCUUUGGAGAGAUGGCAGAUAAUUUUAAGUCUGAUUAUUUCAAUAUGCCAGUUCAUAUGGUUCCUACAGAACUAGUAGAAAAGGAAUUCUGGCGGCUGGUGAGCAGCAUUGAAGAAGAUGUUAUUGUAGAGUAUGGAGCUGAUAUCUCCUCAAAAGACUUUGGAAGUGGAUUUCCUGUGAAGGAUGGUCGGAGAAAGAUGCUGCCAGAAGAAGAGGAGUAUGCACUUUCUGGUUGGAAUUUGAAUAAUAUGCCUGUCCUAGAGCAGUCUGUUCUUGCACACAUUAAUGUAGACAUCUCUGGUAUGAAAGUGCCAUGGCUCUAUGUGGGAAUGUGUUUUUCUUCUUUCUGCUGGCACAUUGAAGAUCACUGGAGUUAUUCCAUCAACUACUUACACUGGGGGGAACCAAAGACCUGGUAUGGUGUGCCAUCUCAUGCUGCAGAACAACUGGAGGAGGUGAUGAGGGAGCUGGCCCCUGAGUUAUUUGAAUCCCAGCCUGAUCUCCUGCAUCAGUUAGUCACCAUCAUGAAUCCCAAUGUACUGAUGGAGCAUGGUGUGCCUGUGUACAGGACCAAUCAGUGUGCUGGAGAGUUUGUUGUGACAUUUCCUCGUGCCUAUCAUUCUGGAUUUAACCAGGGCUACAACUUUGCUGAAGCUGUGAACUUCUGUACUGCUGACUGGUUACCCAUUGGACGUCAGUGUGUCAAUCAUUACAGACGUUUAAGGCGCCAUUGUGUCUUUUCACAUGAAGAACUCAUUUUCAAGAUGGCAGCAGAUCCAGAAUGCUUAGACGUGGGCCUGGCUGCCAUGGUGUGCAAAGAAUUGACUCUCAUGACUGAAGAAGAGACAAGAUUAAGGGAGUCUGUUGUACAAAUGGGUGUGCUGAUGUCGGAAGAAGAGGUGUUUGAACUUGUUCCUGAUGAUGAGCGACAGUGUUCAGCGUGCAGAACCACAUGUUUUCUCUCUGCUCUGACAUGCUCCUGUAAUCCUGAGCGGCUUGUGUGUCUCUACCAUCCAGCUGAUCUGUGCCCCUGCCCCAUGCAGAAGAAGUGUCUUAGAUACCGCUAUCCAUUAGAAGACCUCCCUUCUCUGCUAUACGGUGUGAAAGUCAGGGCACAAUCUUAUGACACUUGGGUCAGCCGUGUUACAGAAGCAUUAUCUGCCAACUUCAACCACAAGAAAGAUUUGAUUGAAUUACGAGUAAUGCUGGAAGAUGCUGAGGAUAGGAAAUACCCAGAGAAUGAUCUCUUUAGAAAGCUCAGGGAUGCUGUAAAAGAAGCGGAGACCUGUGCCUCUGUGGCUCAGCUGCUUCUCAGCAAAAAGCAGAAGCACAGGCAGAGCCCAGAUAGUGGGAGGACUCGGACCAAACUGACAGUGGAAGAAUUGAAGGCCUUUGUCCAACAACUUUUUAGUCUUCCAUGUGUCAUCAGCCAAGCUCGACAAGUAAAGAAUCUCCUGGAUGAUGUGGAAGAGUUUCAUGAACGUGCUCAAGAGGCCAUGAUGGAUGAAACCCCAGAUUCUUCCAAACUCCAAAUGUUGAUAGACAUGGGUUCUAGUCUCUAUGUGGAGCUACCUGAAUUAGCACGACUAAAGCAAGAGCUACAGCAGGCUCGAUGGUUGGAUGAAGUAAGACUGACCCUGUCAGAUCCACAGCAGGUCACUUUGGAUGUCAUGAAGAAACUGAUAGACUCUGGGGUGGGGUUGGCACCCCACCAUGCUGUGGAGAAGGCAAUGGCUGAACUACAGGAGCUCCUUACAGUCUCUGAGCGGUGGGAAGAAAAGGCUAAGGUCUGCCUGCAGGCAAGACCAAGGCACAGUGUGGCAAGUUUAGAAAGCAUAGUGAAUGAAGCCAAGAACAUUCCAGCCUUUCUACCCAAUGUGUUGUCCCUAAAAGAGGCCUUACAAAAGGCUCGAGAAUGGACAGCGAAAGUAGAAGCUAUUCAGAGUGGCAGCAACUAUGCUUACUUGGAGCAGUUGGAAAGCUUGUCUGCUAAAGGGCGCCCUAUCCCUGUGCGUCUGGACGCAUUGCCCCAAGUAGAGUCACAAGUAGCAGCUGCACGGGCAUGGAGAGAACGGACGGGGCGGACCUUUCUUAAGAAGAAUUCUAGCCAUACGUUGUUGCAGGUGCUGAGUCCCCGGACUGACAUUGGUAUAUAUGGGAGUGGUAAAAACAGAAGGAAAAAAGUAAAAGAACUAAUAGAAAAAGAAAAAGAAAAGGAUCUGGACCUUGAGCCUCUGAGUGAUCUCGAGGAAGGAUUGGAGGAAACCAGAGAUACAGCCAUGGUGGUGGCAGUUUUCAAAGAACGGGAGCAAAAAGAGAUCGAAGCCAUGCAUUCCCUCAGAGCAGCCAACCUAGCCAAGAUGACAAUGGUGGACCGCAUAGAAGAAGUAAAAUUUUGUAUUUGUCGCAAGACAGCCAGUGGGUUUAUGCUACAGUGUGAGCUCUGCAAAGACUGGUUCCAUAACAGCUGUGUUCCCCUUCCUAAAUCAGGUUCCCAAAAAAAAGGAUCUAGCUGGCAGGCUAAAGAAGUAAAAUUCCUUUGCCCUCUUUGUAUGCGGUCUCGAAGGCCAAGGCUAGAGACUAUUCUAUCACUCCUGGUAUCCCUUCAGAAGUUACCUGUACGUUUGCCAGAAGGAGAGGCCCUGCAGUGUUUGACAGAACGUGCUAUGAGUUGGCAAGAUAGAGCACGGCAGGCCCUAGCCACAGAUGAACUGUCCUCUGCCCUAGCCAAACUGUCCGUGUUGAGCCAGCGUAUGGUGGAACAGGCAGCUCGAGAAAAAACUGAAAAGAUCAUCAGUGCAGAACUCCAGAAAGCAGCUGCCAAUCCAGACUUACAGGGACACCUACCUAGUUUCCAGCAGUCUGCUUUUAACCGGGUGGUGAGCAGUGUAUCAUCUUCUCCUCGACAAACAAUGGACUAUGAUGAUGAAGAAACAGAUUCUGAUGAAGACAUUCGGGAGACCUAUGGCUAUGACAUGAAGGACACAGCCAGUGUGAAGUCCUCCAGUAGUCUGGAACCCAAUCUUUUUUGUGAUGAAGAAAUUCCCAUUAAGUCUGAAGAGGUGGUCACUCACAUGUGGACAGCACCUUCGUUCUGUGCAGAACAUGCUUAUUCUUCUGCUUCUAAGAGUUGUUCUCAAGGUUCUAGUACCCCCAGGAAACAACCUCGGAAGAGCCCUUUGGUGCCCCGGAGUUUGGAACCUCCAGUGUUGGAGUUGUCACCCGGCGCUAAAGCCCAGCUGGAAGAACUUAUGAUGGUUGGGGAUCUCCUAGAAGUAUCUCUGGAUGAGACUCAACACAUUUGGCGGAUUUUGCAGGCCACACACCCACCCUCUGAAGACAGAUUCCUGCAUAUCAUGGAGGAUGACAGCAUGGAAGAGAAGCCAUUAAAAAUAAAAGGAAAAGACUCUUCAGAGAAGAAACGGAAACGGAAGCUAGAAAAAGUAGAACAGCUUUUUGGAGAAGGAAAACAGAAGUCCAAGGAGUUAAAAAAAAUGGAUAAACCUAAAAAGAAGAAAUUAAAACUAAGUGCAGAAAAAUCAAAGGAGCUGAAUAAACUGGCCAAGAAACUGGCAAAAGAAGAAGAGAGAAAGAAGAAGAAGGAGAAGGCUGCUGCAGCCAAAGUUGACCUUGUGAAAGAGACUACUGAGAAGAAGAGAGAGAAAAAAGUGCUGGACAUCCCCUCAAAGUACGACUGGUCAGGAGCGGAAGAGUCUGAUGACGAAAAUGCUGUGUGUGCAGCACAGAACUGCCAGAGGCCCUGCAAGGACAAGGUAGACUGGGUACAAUGUGAUGGUGGCUGUGAUGAGUGGUUUCAUCAAGUUUGUGUGGGUGUAUCUCCAGAAAUGGCUGAAAAUGAAGAUUACAUCUGUAUAAACUGUGCAAAGAAGCAAGGGCCAGAUAGCCCAGGUCAAGCACCACCUCCUUCCUUCAUAAUGAGCUACAAACUACCAGUGGAGGAUCUUAAGGAGACCAGUUAGCAGUUGCUGGGUUAGUUUGGGACAUGGGGGGAAAUGGACCACAUUGAGACCUUAGUCAUCAAGUAGAGUGGUUUAGAUCCACUCAGAAUGUUGCUUCCAAAGACAAA